AUGACUAGUCUUAAGUCCCCGGUAUCUAUGGAAGACGUUCAAAGGACACCCAACUGGGAGGACGGCAUCUCUCCUCUCAUCAAAGCGCCCUACUGGGUGACCAAGAAUCCCGAUGUAAUAGGUCAAAGGUGGAUAAACGAAAUGCUUUACUGGGGCAAAUGGGACCUUUCCAACUAUGACGACGUCAGGAAAAGGGCACUUGGUAUCUACAGACAUCUUCGCUCUAAGUCAAUGCCCGUAACUCGAAACCCAGAUCAUUAUUGGCCAGAGAGUGCUCUCGAGACAUUUCGCAUGUGGGCAAACAAUGGUUUCCCGCGAGACUCCGACUGUCAGCCUACAAAGACCUCUGUCCAAGUCAUCCCUGAGCCAAAUGACCCGCCGAUAACCUUCAGAGUGAGGAAAGACAUCAUGAGCCUGAGCCGCGAGGAACUCGUGGUUUACCAGGCCAAGCUAGACGACAUUCUCGGCGCUCGGGAACUAGGGUCUAAAUGGCAGGACUUGGGACUUCUUCAUGCAUACUGGUGUCUUCACUAUCAAGAAGCCACGUUCCUUUGGCAUCGAGCUUAUCUGCGAUAUGUGGAAGAAUUGAUCGACUUCCCUAUUCCUUAUUGGAAUGGAUAUGCGAAAGAAGCUGCAUGUGCAACAUCCAAGUUCGCUGGAAUUCCUCCAAUGUUCCUUGAGCAGACCUAUCAACACCCGGGAGGCGAAACCAGACCGAAUCCGCUUCGCUUUGCCAAAGCCUUGGACGGAAAGUCAAAAGAUGGACCGGGUAAUUUUAGUACCGUGACGCGGAAUCCAAUAUUGACGCAAGGCCCAACAGCUCCUGGUUGGAAAGAAAAAAUUGAACUAUUCAAAAUUUACCAUGAGCAAAUAUCCCAUGCCCUGCAGCAAUCAACCUAUACAACAUCAGAAUCAGCUCAGCACUUCGGAAAACCGUGGGCAAAUAUUGUUGAUUUCAGCGACAAGCAGCCUGAUGAAGACUAUCCGUUUCGUUUCGACUUCGAUGGUCUGUUUGAGCAAGUUCACGACAACUUUCAUGGCUGGGUUGGCAACGACAUGGCCGACAACACUUAUACUGCUUUCGACCCCAUCUUCUUAUCCUAUCACGCCAACAUGGAUCGACUGGCCGGUGUUUUCAUGGACGCAAACCCAGAGAACCAAUUCACUUCUCGGUUUCCACUGCAGCCUUUUAUCAACAAUGGGACCAGCGUCAACUAUGAUGACACGCGCCGCUGGCACUAUACCACUAUUGGUGAUAUGGCCAAAGACACACGUGCAUUAGGCUACAUCGCUGGCUUUAGUUUCUUCGAACCAAGUUCUAGAUGUACGGCAUACCGAGACUUCAUCCUCCCGCAACUAUGUCAGCUCCUCACCCCAAUUACUCGCCCGCGUUUGGGCAUCUCGGUUCUAGAGAUUGGACCUGGACCGCGGAGCGUGCUUGAAGAUCUGCCCCAUGAUAUGAAGCGAAAGAUCAAACGGUACACUGCUUUUGAGCCAAACAGUCUGUUUGCUUCGAGAUUAGAAGCAGGCCUUCUAUCAACUGAGGAGGCUGCCCUGCCAUGUCUUGAGACGGGCCCCGACAUUAGGAAGGCUCCAUUCGAUCCUGAGAAUUCAGUCAAGGCCCUGGGAGACGAUAAGUUUGAUAUCGUUCUGUUUUGUCACAGCAUGUACGGCAUGACCCCUAAAGAGGACUAUAUCUGUGCCGCACUUGGUCUUCUCGACGAACACACAGCAAACAGCAGAGCCAUACUUUUCCAUAGAGAUGGCCCGCUCGGCCUGGCUAGUCCGGUCCCUCAUCUAACCUCCAACUUCCCGACCGGUAAAGUUCGCGUAGCAGACACCAAUGAUUCGCUCGACUCUUUCGCCUCAUUCAUUGCAGGCUUUGUACCAAAGUCUGACAAAGUUCUACAAGAAUGGCGGGAAAAUUGCCGCGCAGUCGGCCGCCGCGACAUUGAGGACCUCGUCUUCGCUGCGCCUGAUAUCAUGAUGACCUUCUCGCGACACUCGACCGCGCUACCAGAAUUGACUUCACAGUUGCCGAGAACUGCUGGGGACGUGCAUGUCAAGAACCGGGAAGCUCGUCUCUAUUGUCCCGCCUCUAUGAUCAGACCAGGACACAUUCAUCAAGUUCAGGAGUGUGUUCGAUGGGCUUUGGAGCACCGAACUGCGUUGACAGUCGUGGGUGGUGGACACAGCGGUCAUUGCGUCUGGCCUCAAACUGUCGCCAUUGACAUGAGCGCCUUCGAUCAUGUCCAUGUUGUUACAGGGGAAGCCGGACGCUUGGUCAUGGCCGGUGCCGGUAGCAAGACGGGAGACAUCAUCCGCGAGACCAUGGCAAAGGGGCUCACUGUGCCUCUGGGGUCUCGGCCAAGUGUUGGAGCAGGCUUGUGGCUUCAGGGCGGCAUCGGACAUCUGUCCAGGCUUCACGGGCUCGCUUGUGACGCUAUUGUCGGUGCGCUUGUCGUCAGCGUCAACUCGGCAAAGAUUCUAUGCAUCGGUCAUGUACCUGCGCAACACCAGCCAAUCGGUGCCAUACGCCCAGAGAACGAGGAAGAACUGCUAUGGGCUAUCAAAGGAGCGGGAACCAACUUUGGGAUCGUCAUUAGCGUUGUUUUUGCGGCACAGCCGGCCCCAGCGUUCUUGGUCAGGAACUGGGUCAUACCGCUGCGUGACGGCGAUGAGGCGCAACGCAAGCUUGCCGAGUUUGACCGGGAUAUUGCCAGUCAACUUUCUCGGCAUAAUUCUGCUGACGCUUAUCUAUACUGGGACACUGGAAAACUCCAUCUCGGCGUUACCAUGUACGAAGCUUCGACUGCUGGGGAAGUGCCUAGAACACCCAUGCCUAUCCCCACACCCGUGGCCACGAUUCUGGGUCCGGAGCACAACAGCAAGAUCGUUGACAGCGUCAGCCUCUUUGAGACUGAGAUGUACAUGUCAGGUAUGCACGGCGGUCACGCUGGAGGCAAGACAUCUUCGUUCAAACGCUGCCUAUUCCUCAAGGAUAUCGGAAGUGCCAUGGUUGCAAGCGCGUUAGCAUCAGCCGUCCGGACUCGCCCCUCUCCGCUCAGUUACCUUCACCUCCUCCAAGGCGGCGGAGCAAUCCGUGACGUGCCGGUAUCAGCCACCGCCUUCGGCUGCCGUGACUAG